AUGGAAUAUUACGAAUAUAAUCUCAAAUAUUUCAUCCAGCAGAAAAACACAACGUUUAAUAGUUACCCUACAGCAGUUACGCCGUUUAGCUACAACAUCACGAUAAAUCACAUUGAAUAUUUCAUAGCCAGUGAAAUAUUUAUCGAGCUCAUUCACGGCCUGGGUUAUUUGCAUAGUCAAAGGAUAUUGCACCGGGAUCUAAAGGAGUCAAACAUAUUAAUUGACGAAAAGGGUACUAAUGGAGUGUUUUGUAAAAUUUGCGAUUUUGGAUUAGCCGCCAAUUUUGAGGGUAGUUCCCUAGUGGACAGGCCUAUGGGCACCGGUAAUUAUAUGGCUCACGAAGCUUAUCAAGUAGCCGGCAACAUGAACAAUUUGAGCUUGUUAUUAUGGGCAUUAUUGACAACAUGCGUGCAUUUACCUGGAACACAAGACCAACCACGGUACAAUUAA